AUGGCAGAAAAGACUCCGUUGAGUGAUGAGUAUCCUCGUUUUUGCCAUGUUCCAUCGCAAGAUACACAAAUAUCGGUUACUUUCAAAGCUGAUAUAGAUAAAUCUAAUGAAGUAUCAUUGGAAAUAGGGUCGUUUUCAGAACUGGAAACACAGUUAUUAACAGGAGCUACUGAUAAAGAAACACAUUCUACAGGUACUGAUUCUGCUACUGAAAGCGAUAGUGGUGUGAGUAAAAAAUCUAAAGUGAUAGUUGACGAUAAAACUGCUAAUAAUGCUAAUAUUUCAAAUCAACAAAAUGAAGUUGUAAAUAUCAAUGAAACCCAAAUUUAUCUACCUGAAGCAACUCCUGCUGUUAAUAUUUCAAGACAAAUUGAAACUGAAACUCAAAUUAGCAUAUUAUCAUCUGCAGACUACAGUGACCCUGCAAAUUGGCCUACUCAUUUUAGUGACAAUUUUCGGCAAUUUGUUAGAAAAAGUAGACCGCAACAAAUUGAAAAAUAUAACUUUCCACGAGAUCGAGAUGAACAAAAAAGAAAAUUUUCAUCAAUCUAUUACAAGCGGACAUUACCAAAUGGAGAAAAAGUCUCUCGUUCUUGGCUUAUAUAUUCAGUUUCAAAAAAUGUAGUUUUCUGUUUAUGUUGUAAAUUAUUUGGUAGAAGCAAAAGUAGUUUGCCGGCUUUAGAAGGUUCAGGUUUAAACGAUUGGAAGAAUAUUGGAGCACUUCUUUCUUCUCAUGAAAAAAGUAAUUCACAUCUCGUAAAUUUUCAAAUGUGGAAAAAACUUGAUAUACGUUUAUCUACAGAAAAAACCAUUGAUCAUAUUAACCAACACAAAAUUAAUGAAAAAGAACAAUAUUGGCAACGAAUUUUAGAAAGAUCUUAG